UCAAUAGUGUUUGUGAACCAGACAUCAUUCUGGACCCUUUGCCUGAGGCUUUGCAAUACAGGACUGUGCAUGGACUUACCUGCCCCUGUACAUCUGGUCCUGUCUUCACAAUAUUUAGUCCAUUUGUUGUCCUGGAAAAUGGGGCCAGGCUCACCUGAUGGUGUCCACUAUACAGUCAGCGUGCAUGCACUCAAUCGGGGCGAAGUGGUGGUGAAGGAGUGUGAAAAGGUGACCUUCCCUCUGCAGUGUAAUCUCACAGAAGCCUUUUCUGAUCUGGAGGACACCUAUUACGUCAGUGUGUCUGCUGCUCUGGGCAACCUUACCUCACCAUCUUCCUUCUGCAACCCAUUCAAACCCAUUUAUAACACGACCUUUGAGCCUCCGCUGCUGACAGUAACUACAUGUAAUCAGUCGCUCUGUAUAAGUCUCAGAGCACCUGCUGAGAAUCUCUACAGGGUCUACAAUUCAUUCAAGUUUUACUAUAGAUUGAUGGUCAGCAGUGAAGAUAGAGCAGAGUUUCAUGUGGAUACUGAAGGGUUAAAGAAUGUGACCCUAAAGGACCUGGCCCCUGGCCGAAGAUACUGUGUGAAUGUCAGUAUCAUUAAUCACAGCCCACCCAAUAGACCAGCAGUAUGUGCCUCCACUCCCGAAAGAGCAAAUGUUUCAGAUGCCAUUAUCUCGGUUAUCCUGUGUCUGCUGAUGUUGCUGUUAGUGAUGUGCACACCAAGAUUUGUUUCUCACUGUUUCUGUGUAAAAAGAGAUCUUCCUUCAGUUCUGAGUUCAUUUCAGAGUGGGAAUAAAGUUCUUCUUGUCACUGCUGGUGAAUACAUUAACAAUCUCUGUGAGGAGAGAAACUCCAUCGAAAAGAUAAAGACAAACAGAGAGGAAAAUGACAUGGAAGAAGAGGCAGAGGAGGUUUUGAAAUAUGAGAGACUAGCGGCACGCUAUCUGGACACUGGAGGUUCCCCACUCUCUGUUUUUCCAAUGUCCUCUAGCUCUGUUUUGCUUAUGAAUCAAACUCCAGAUACAAGCCUUACGUCUUCCACAGAUGCUCAGAGUGGUAGUCUGAUUGUGUUUGGAGGCAGCCAUAUCCAUACUGAACCAACAGCCUCUCCUAGGCUCCCUAAAGGAGCAAGCACACUUCAGAAUUUAAGUUCUGUUUUUCCCACACACGUGGAGAAUGAAGACAGAGAGAGCAGUGCAGAUGUAAACCUGUUUUCUGUGAUGUUAAGAGGAGUUUCUGAUAAAGCUGAACCUGAUAAAACCUGCACUACGGAAGAUGUGCAGGAAUCAUGUCCUCAGCACCUGUUACAGACUUGUGCUACAUCCACCUGGAUUUCUGAUCCACAGUCCCAAAACUCUCAAAAGUCCAUUCAGAUGAAAGUUUUAGAGGAAGAUGAUGAUGAUGAUUUAGGGUACUUAAGUCGAAAUUAGAUUCCUGAGGAAACGAACAGUCUUUUACAUCAAUUGAGACUGGAGUAGAUAUGGGAAUCUAAAAGCACACGCAAGCAUUCAAAAAAUUCUGCUAAUAUAGAGAGAUGUAUUCUGUAUUUGUAUACUUUGAUUUUUUUUGUAUUUUAAGUAUUUUUAUUCUUAUUCUUAUUAUCUUUCAAUAUGCAUUUCAGUCUGAUGGAGAUCAUGGCAUACCAACAUGUAUUAUUCUUAUUUGUCUGGAUGAGGAACAAGUGUUUACUGGCAGACAUGUUGACCUGGCAACUUUCUUAGGGGAAACACUUUGCUCUUAGGCAUUUCCAAGUGAAUAAAGAUGUGAAUUAGAUGUUUUGUUAAUGAAAAAUAUUUCAUCACUACACUGAGUUGUCAUCUCAGUCCUUUGGUCAUUCUUACACAAUGUGAAUGCAAUUAAUAGGGCUUUUAUUUUGAAAUGUAGCACCACGGGCCAGGCAGGAUUUGGAAAUGGAUGUAAUGGCAUACAUAGUUUUUCAUCUAAUGAAUGAGUUUUUACUACUAAGAAUAUAAAUGUAAAGUGCUGUAAUUUGAAUUCUUAAUAGUAAGAAAUAAACUGGAGAGCUCUCUAAUUCAAAUGUAAUAGGAGUACUAGUAAGAAUCAAAUUACUGAUGAGAAUUUAGCUCUCUGGUGGACACAGAGCCAGCAACAGCACUAUAGAGUGGAACAGUCCGUUUCUCAAAGUAAAAAAGCAGUUUCUUUUCUCCAUAGGAGAUUUUUAAUGAACUUAAAAGUGUUGGAUUAACUUCCUAUUUUCACUCAAUUACCACUGAAAGAAAUCGGCAUCUAAAAUAAUGUUACAGCAUCUUGAUCAAGUCUUGACUAAUAUUUGACUUCAAACUGAUAUCAAGGUGCCUGCUGGGAUAUUGUUUCUACAAUCAACAACUUUAAAUGGAUAAUUUUUAAUUUGUCAUUUGCAAUGGUUCAUGGGAUUGUAGUUCUUUCCCUCAUUAAAGCAUCAGGCUCCCCGUUAAAUAGUUAAAUACACGUUUUUGGCAGGCAUCCCCUGCACUCCAUGGGCUAAAUAUCAUGUUAUCGGAGUCGCUUCAACCCACAGCAACAGUGUUAAUGUAGCCCAAGUCCGCGGUUUUCCCAACCAGUGUAAAUAACAUGAUAUUUAUCCCCUGGAAUGCGAAUUUUAGCAGGGCAACCCCGCCAAAAAACUUGUAUUUUACCCCCCGGAACAUGAUUUUUAACUGUGGACCCCCUUGAAACACGAUUGGGCUAGUUUUGAGUAGCAAUUGGGUGGGUUUUCUUGUGAAAACCUGGCAGGUGGCAACCCUGCUGCAGCAUUAGCCGUUAUGCUUUUUUGGCUAAAGGUUGCAGGCUUGCCUUCCAGUGGCUUUGAUUAGUAUCCAAGAGUGAUUAUAAAUUCAGCGAGGCUGUAAAAGAACUGAGUAGAUGAGAUUCCUGUUCUGUGUGUGAUGAUGUUUAAUGGCCCUGGCGACGACCUCUGUAGUCUCAUUUAGCCCCUUGUUAGCAACCGCCUUUUUCAAGACAUUGCUGUUCCUCCCAAAACAUAGCAGCGUGGUUAGACAAUUUCUUGCAGAUUCGCUGCAGGAAAUAUUAUUAUUUAUUUUCAACUAGUUGCUGUACAGUACAGUGCAUGCAUAAUUAU